AUGGAUCGAGGCUCCAAGCCUCCCAAAAAACCUCGUUCCAGUGGCUCCCGCCUCGGAAACACGUAUGUAUCUCCAAUCAAGAAGCGGGUGACGGUCAAGGAGCGACAGAAGGCGACAUCGUAUGCUGCUGAGGCCCAGAAGAACAGGCUAGCCGCCAAGUUCCAGAGUCUAUUGAAGGCCUCUUGCCCUGACAACACCCUGGACGACGGGACGGAGGCAGGCGGGGUGCUUCCAAUGCUUCCCGUGAACGUUAUUACACCCACUGUCGACCCAGCUCCAGAAACCUCCACCGCGACAUCGAAUGGUACCGAUGGCCCUUCGUCAGAGAAGCAAGCUACAACCCGACGGAAAGGCCCCCAAACCCUACAGACGAUACUCAAGAGGGAGAAAGAGAACAUUCGGUGGAAGCGCAACCUGCCCCUACUCGCUGAGGCCUACCUGACCUGGUCUAGCGGGAGAAAGCGAGUCGCCAAACCACCCAUGGUCGGGAAGGAGGGUGCGAUCCAUCUCGAACAACAGACCCCCUGCGGAGGACGAUGCAAGGGGUUCAAAGACAAACGAAUUCUAUGCCUCCUAUUUGAUCGCUACGAAUACAUUACGUUCACCCAUUGCAAAUGCAACCCCAUAUCUAAAGUUUUGGUCUCACACGGGUUUUUCCCAUCCGGUCCUGCCCAGCCUCACAUCGCCGUCGACAUGGACCUAUUGGAGUAUUUUGAAUGUCUGUUUGAAGCCUCUUGUAUAGCCGAUACCGCCCUGGCCCAUUCCCUCAAUGAUUUCUAUCAGAAACGGGGAUACAUCCUGACCCAUCCCAAGAACAAGACCAAAAUAAUGAACGAACCGUUCAGAAAGAGCCUCGGACGCGCAAGACAGUGGUAUAGCUUAAUGCACCGUUACAUAGACAACCAGGUGGAAGCUGCGCUGGCCGAAGCAGAACGGCAAGUGAGGGAUCGGAAGGCGGACACUCAUAGCGAAGGCGCCGCCGCCCCAUCUGACGUCACCGACACUGCCAGCGCCAACGUCGGUGAUGCGCUCCCUGAUGUCAUCCCGAACCCGGAGCUCACGUGUGUGGUACACGAUGACUCAGCCAACACGUCGGAAGCCACGCAAGGCCAGUGCGCAAGGUUUCUUCGCAACUUGUGUCCAGCCUGCUUUGGGGGAAAACACUUUGGGCGAACAUUUGAGGAGGGAUGUGAUAUUCACCUCGCCGCCGACGCCAAUUUUUCGCAACGCCACCUUCGCUCGGUUGGCACAUGUGCCCCAUUCUUCGACCGUCAACAUCUGAUACCCAAAGAUGAGGUCGACGAAAUGGGUGCCGCCAUUGAAUCUGUACGCGCAAGUCGACCCCCGAAACCCCGCCGGCCCAAGGUUCCAGACGAGGCCAUCGACAAUUGUGAAAGCACCCACAAAGCUGGCAAUGGGUCCAACGUCAAAACCAACACGGACCAUUUCGACGACACGGGGAUCGCUGCUCUUAUUUGUCGACAUGGUAUCCCUGUCUUCAUCACCAACGUCGAUACGCCUGGAGAACAGCAGAAGUUCGCACUGGCCAUGGUGAAGCGGCUUUUUUCACUCCUCCCUCCCAAAGCCACUGUCGUAGUCCUUUAUGACGUGGGCUGUGUGGUACACCGGAGUCUUGAAUUGUAUGAUAUUCUCCCAGCAGCGAUAACCUCACGGCUGCAGUGGGCCACCAGCGCGAUGCAUGCCUACGCACACCAAUGGUCUUGCCAACUCGCAUAUAACCCGAGGUUCUUGCCAGGUCUCGCACUCUCUGACGGAGAGCAAGUCGAGCGGUACUGGUCGGAUGGGCGUAAGCUCAUCGUACUUACGCGAACAUCCCUGGGUGAGAGGCGGCUGUAUCUCUUGGAACUCCAGGCCGCGGCGUCAGCGAAGGUGUAUCGCAUGGAGCUGGGCGCGUGGAUGCGACGCCGUUUGAAAACUGGUAUCCCAAGUCACGAGGAGGAAGGCCGUCAGGCGCUAGAAGGCUGCAGCCUCUCGAUCCCCCAGCUGCGCGAGCAGUGGAAGUUGCAGCAGGAGGCUCAGCUAUCGCUUCGAGCACAUGCCCCGCAACGCCUGAAGAGGGAGCUGGACGCGGUGCUCCGAAUCCAAUCGCAACUCGAUCUCCUCGACGAGUGUAUUGAAUCCGCGAGGAAGGAAUUGGCAACCGGACAUGGCACGGCCACUGCGGCCACUCUGGCGACAUUUGAGGACAUGCAAGGCCGAUUCAAACAACGUGCCGACGCGCUGUACGAGUCCUUGAACGUACAAGACCUCUUUCCCGAGUUGAAGGGCCUCAACAUCAACUUCGUACGCAAGCUCCUUCUCCUCCGCGACCUCAAGAUCAACAUACGCAAGCGAGCCGUUGGCAAUUUCUUCGAGUGGGAACGUCUCAACCAGGCAGCAGGCGGGCGUCAUCAAACGCUAGGCAAGUCUGUUGGCAGUCUCUUUCCUGAACAUGAACCUUACCUCCUUCAUACAGGCACGAAGAUGCAUCAACAGAUACGAGAUACCUUGUCCAAACGGACCCCUGCGCUCACCAGCGCAGUCCGCCUGUUCAACCGAUACUGUGCCGAGUUGAAGGCCAUGUACAAGAAAGAGUGGAACCUCGCCCUUCCAACACCCCUUUCGGAAGAUCUCACAGAGCUCAGGAACGAUCCGACACUGAUGGAGGAUGUGUGGAUCACCGUAUCCGAGGACGGCAUCCCACCGUGGCUGGGAGAUGCAUCCGUUCGUAGUGGUAUCCGCGGCAUGCUUCGACUGGAUCGAGCGCGGGAGGAACGACAAAGGAUAGGACGAGAGGCGGACAAUAUGUGUCGGUGGUUUGGGCUUGAACUGCAAACGUUGGAUGAAGCCAUUCUCAAUCCAGACAAUUCCUUGUAUGUUGAUAUCUUGCAGGAACGGCGCCUCAUGCACAUCAGCCUCAAGCAUCGAUGGUCCACAGCCUUGGUAUCUGACGCCCGAUACGACUCGCAUGUAACUUCGUCGAAACUUGGUCCACCGCAAAAUUACAUCUUCAUGGACCCCAUCACCCCCGACGGCACCGCAGAUCCACCGGAGCCUGACGUCGCCACCACGUCUCCAGCCAGCGCCGAAGGUGGCGACAGUGACGACGAACCCGAAGCGGACGUGGAUCCCGACCCUGCCGACGAAGACACGACGGGCGACCCAGACGUUUUCGCAAGGGCGAGAGACCCCGACGAGGCAGAGGUUACGCUCUUGGAGACGUUAUCGGUCAAACCGACGGACGAAGAAGGGCCCACCUUGCAAUAUCCCAGCGCGCCUCCCGUGCGGCUGAUCUGGGCCGACGUGUCGGGCGCGGCGUACGACGUGAACAUUCUGAGCGACAUCGACCCCCCGCCUGCGUUCCAUUCCACGUACGACGGGACCUCUGGACGAGCACUUCACCUCUAUGGCCAACCCCGUCCCGCCUACCUAUUUUCUCGACGCGAGCUCUCGAUGGUCCGCGAUCCCAAGAUGCUGACUGAUGAAGCCCUCAAUGGCCUUGCCGCACUCCUUUUCCAUAACGUGCUCCCCAACAUCGCCUCCGGACACACGUCAUCGGCCUGCGCGCUCUUCACGUCCCACGACAUACUAAUGGGGACGUACCCCUGCUCAACUAUCGACCUCUGGCGACGCACCAAGGCGACGAGAUUCUGGGAGAAGGCCGUCUGGAUUAUGCCAGUCAACCGACCCGAGGAGCAGCACUGGGUUUGCGCCGUCGUUUAUCCUUUGCAAAGACGAGUCGGCCUUUUUGAUAGCCUUGGGAACCGCGCCGGAUGGGACGACGACGUGGAGAAAAUCAUCACCUUUACUACCCGCCUAGCGUACGUGGCUGGGACGCAUGGCUACGAUACUGGCAUUUGCGCAGACGGUCAGGAGUGGCUCGCCACGCCUAUUACCACGAAUCCUGUGCAGACGAACGGCGUAGACUGCGGGGUGUGGGUGCUUGCCGUCAUAACGUCCCUCCUACGUGGCUACCACAUUCCGCAGCUCACCGAAAAUCAAAUACCCGCUUUCCGCCGAAUGUUGUUUCAGCAUAUGCUACGACUCCCUCUUGUUCCAGAAUAG